AUCGGCCUGCUGGAGGCGAACCAACCUGAAACCCCUCCUCUCUCCCUCCCAGGCUCCCACCGAUCCGCCGCCGCUCGCCUAAGCCCCCCGCUGCCUCGACCCGACCAGCCCCAGCCGUCGCCGGCAGCCAUGGGGAGCCGGCUGGGCCGCCGCGUGAUCCACUUCGCCAACCUCCCGCUCAAGCUCAUGCUGCCCCCAGCCCCGCUCUCGUCCGUGCAGGAGUUCGCCGUCCGGACCGUCCCCUCCGCCUCCAAGGUGGACAUCCGCCGCUGCCUCGAGUCCAUGUACGGCUUCUCCAUCGCCGAGGUCCGCACCCUCAACAUGGAGGGCAAGAAGCGCACCAGGGGAGGCAUCGUCGGCGCCAAGCCCGACUACAAGAAGGCCUACGUCACGCUGCGGGCCCCGCUCACGGUCUCCCCCGACCUCUACCCCAUUGGGGUCAUCCUCGGGGAGCGGGAGCGGAAGGCCAGCGCCGCCGCCGCCAGGAGGAAGGCGGUGGAGGGUGCCGAGAUCGAGGGGCAGAGGGAGGGGAAGGGGAAGCACUGGAUGGAGGACGAGAGGGAGGGCUUCUCCAGGGCCGGAUGUGGCAAGGUCGUGUACGGGAACCCCGGGAGGCUGAACCAGAGGAGGAGGAGAGGACGCGCCAACGCUAAGGACGGAGCUGGGGAGGAGGGGGCCAAAUUCCCAUGGACCGGAAUGCAGCUGGCUACCGAGAAACCUAGGAGGGUGAGACACUCUCCCCCGAAGAAGAAGGCGGGUAUAGCAUUGAAGCAGAAGUCACGGAAGGUGUCUCUGCAGCGCCGCUCCAAGAAGUUGGAAGCUUGAUGGUACUUGACUUGGGCUGCUGUGCUGCGACCAUGAGAGGUUCCUGCCAUAAAGCGAGAUGCAGACAGUGGAUCGACGACUACGCUGGCAGAUCCGCCUUGUUCUUAAGUUACCGAAUAAACACCAAAUUUGAAGAAUCUGCAAGGAUUUUGUGCCUUCUGUACGAAAAUGGAGAUGUGAUUUAUAUGCCUGACUGAGCCUGAUGCAUGUUUUGCUGAAAGACGGCUCGGGGGCGUUCCUGUCCUGCCGAGCUGUUGCGGUCAAGUUCCUUUCGGGAUCUUUUUGUCAUCUACUGAUUGGCUAGUACUAGUGCUGAUUAUAGAGAUUGCGCACCUGGUUUUCA